AUGGCCAGUGAGGCCCAGGGGCGCGGGGCGGACGAGGCCCGGCCACGCCCGCACGGGAGGGAUGCUCCGGGGCCGCGGGCCCGGGGGCGGGGCGGGGGGCCCCGGAGCGAGGGGGCGGGCCCGCGCCGGCCGUCUCCGCGGGAGGGGGAGGGGAGGGGCGGCGCACGUCACGUCGCGCCGCACACCGCCCGCCGCCGCCUCGUCCAGCAGUCACUCGUGGAGCCCGCACCGCCUUUGCGCGCGCGACCCUUACAUAAGCGUCCCCCGCUGCGGCGCCGGCGCACGCCCACCCGCUCCGACCCGCCGCGGGAAGAGGAAGGUGCGCGGCGCCGCCGGCACUCACCUCCUCGCUGCCGCCGCAAGUCGUCGCCACCGCCUCUACCGCCGCUGCCUCCACUGACAGGGAACAGCUGCGGUCUCCGCGCAACCGAACUUGCUGCAGUCUCGGCCCCGCCUUACGGACUUCUUAUUGGCUCAGGCAGCCAAACCCCUCCUGUUAUUGGACAGUGUCCUCCGUCACUCACCACUCUCCCGCCCAGGACUCCUCCCUACACCCCCCUGCCCGUCACGUUUAAGCCUUGGCGCCCCACGUCAGCCCCGCCCCUCGCGUCCCCGGCGGGCCCCUGGAUUGGAGACGAGGCCGGCAGAGCCCGCCCCUUGCGCACCACCGCCUACUCCUCUGUCUCCAGAGCCCCACGUGGGCCGCACGGCUGCAGCCGCGGCCCCCAAUAG